AUGAAAUCUAAAAAGCGCCACCAUUCUUCAUCAGAAGUAUCCGAUGAUUCGAAUGCUAGUGAUAAAACUAGUAGUUCGUCAGAUAGCGAUAGUGACGAUUCCUCUGUAUCAGAGCAUCGGUAUAAGAAGAAAAGAAAACGUGCUGAUUCUUCGGAUUCUGAUAGUGCGUCUGACGAUCAGAAACGCUCUAAAAAACGGAAGCAUAAGAAAAAGAAGAAGAAACAUGGAAAGAAGAAGAGGCGUUCAGACUCUGUAGUUCGUAUUUCUGCAGAAAAUAUCUCUUCUCUAAGUGAGGGUGAAAUUACGUCAAAAAAGAAAAGAAAACAUAAGCAAAAACAUUCAAAGCAUUCCGUUGACUCUUCCCAGAGCGAAAGUGAAGAGCAGGAGCGUCGUCUACAUAGUGUUGUAAAAGAGCGUAAACCAUCUUCCGAAGAAGGAAGUCAACCACCACGCACAUACUAUCAAAAAGAAUACAGACGCUCAGCAUCUGUAGAAAAUUAUGAGAGAGAACGUGAAGUUCAAAGAUUUUACAGAGGAUCCAGUAAAGAGCAUCAACCUUAUCCAGAGCAUUUUGGAUAUGAAAGAGAACAGACUGAAAGAUUUACAUCAUAUCAACAUAAAUAUGAUAAAAACAGAGAUAGAUACAUUCAGAGUGUGCAUUAUGUUAAUCCUAACAAUGAAUAUAACAGAAGAUAUAAGGAAUUUGAUGAUUACAAAAGGCACCAAAAAUAUGAAGAGCAUAGAACUGAAGAUGACUACCAUAGAAGGCAGAAAGAAGAACAAUAUCAUUCUAGAGAAGACACAAGAGGAUACAACCGAUACAAUCAGUAUGAGGAAAGGAUACCUAAACGGCGAGAAAUGGGUGAUGGCAGGGAUUACCGGGAAAGGCGCGGUCCGCCAGACGUAGAGCGGUAUCGCGAAAGGGAAUAUGCUGAAAAAAGAGACAGAUACCGUGAGGAGAGAUAUUCCGCUGAAAGUGACGUCUCUACAGAAAAUUAUAAUGAGUUCGGUCUGAACAUGUUGCGGUUGCAAAGAUAUUUUAAUAUUUUCACAUUACACGAUAAUUACUCUAGGCGUGUAACUCCUGACAUCAUCGUAUAUAUCCAAGUUAAACCAUGGAUUCGUGAUUUCCGUCGCGAACGGCCGCCCAGAAUUGAAAAGCCACCAAUACAACCACAGAGAGAAGCUUCCAAAUCCAGGAGUCCCGUAGACCGCUACAGAGACAAAAACAGAAGAGUGGACAGCAGAGAAGACAGAGAAGAGCCUGUCCGACCAUCAAGGGAGCCAAAGGAGAGAGCGGAGAGGGCGGAACGUGGUGGAGGUGGUGGAGAAGAACGACGCAGGAAUGUGCGACAGAGCGAGGAACGUCCACGAGCUUCUGGUGAUUCGCGUCCGCGGGAGCGAAAGAGCCGUUUUGCUGAUACUGAGGAUAAGAAUGAAUAUAACUGGGGUAAGACCGAAGUGAAAACAGAAGGAACUAAGAACGAAGCUGAGAAGGAGAAACCAAAUUUUGGGCUGUCAGGCAAGCUAACGGCCGACACUAACACUGUAAAUGGUGUUGUUAUAAAGUACUCCGAGCCUGAUGAUGCAAAGCAACCAAAGCGAAGAUGGAGAUUCUAUCCAUUCAAAGGCGAUAAAGCAUUACCCAUUUUAUACAUCCACCGGCAAUCCUGUUUCCUGAUUGGUCGAGACAAGAAAGUUGUGGACAUAGCGUUAGAACAUCCCUCCAUAAGCAAGCAGCAUGCAGCUCUCCAAUACAGAGCAACACCUUUUACUAGAGAUGACGGUUCUCAAGGCAGGCGUGUGCGACCAUAUGUUAUUGAUUUGGAAUCGGCUAACGGGACGUUUGUCAACAAUAAGAAGAUAGAGCCGCGUCGCUACGUCGAGCUGCUGGAACGCGACGUGGUGAAGUUUGGCUUCUCUCAGCGCGAGUACGUGCUCCUCCACGAGAACAGCAAGGAUGACGCCCAAGAUGACGACAACCAGGACGUGCCCGCUCUAGGAGCGGCUGUCACCACAACCAAUCAGAUCAAGCAGGAGAAGCGUAUUAAGGAGGAGAUGGCUGCCGACGGGGAA